GUUACGUCUGUGUGCGGUGCUCGUGUGUGCGACGUAAAAAAAGUCGCGGUGAAGUUAUUCUUGCAUCGUCACUAUACCAGACGCCGAUACGUUCUGCAUAUUACAUUAUGCAAAUGGGGUAACGUAGCGUAGUGAUGAUCCGGUCGUUAAAACUUGUAUCGCGGCGCUAGCUUCCUCAAAAUACGCUUCGAUAAAAUCGAAUCUAUCGCGGGAGUUAUCACACGCGUGCUUGCGCGCGUGGUUAAGCUGUUACGUCACCGGCAAUUCCAACUACGUGGAACUGUUGCGUCGCAUAUAAAUAUCGCUACAUGUACUUGCCACGGCGAGUAUGAGAAUCAAAGGUUUCUCGUAAUGAACGAGACGCGCAAUCAUCAACUUUUUUGUUCAUAAUCACUUUCGAAAUGCAAUGAUAGAUGGAAGAAUAGAUAAUAUAAAAAGAAAUGCGAGGAUUUAGAGCCAUGGAAGUGUAAUAUUAGGCUACGGCGCUCAGCAAUCUGGAGGAGAUGCAGCACAACGCCAUGUACCGUAGCGACAACAGAAGCCGAAGCAUGGGGGUGGGACCUAUGCGAUCUCGACCGAUGGAAAAAAGGCACGACACGUCACCGUACAGCGGCGUGCCUUACCUGUCGCCACCGCCACCGGAUACCUGGCGGAGAACAAACUCGGACUCCGCUUUGCAUCAGAGCGCCAACGAGGCUUGCCAAUCAACCUCUGCCAUACCUCAUCGACGAGAUCAACACGCUAUGACCGGAAGUGGAAAUGACAACAGAGAUUCUCAUCAUAGUUUCAUCGAACGACCAAGAUCCUCGUGCGAAAUGCCUAGAGUGCCUGGGAUUAAUAUAUACCCGAGCUCGCAACCACCGGGACAGCAAAUACCUAUAGGCAACAACACAGGGUCGUUGCCCGACUUGAGCAACGUACACUUUCCGUCGCCACUCCACACUCCUCUGGACCAGGAGGAUCAUUCGAGUAGUACGCCGUUCAGCAAUAGUCCUCAAACGAGCAGUCCCACAAACCUGUCCAGUCCGACCAGCUUGGCACAAGCUGGUAGGCUCUCCUUUUCACAGGAUCCGUCAAGCGUCCAAACCCAUUUAUCAGUGCCUGUUAACUCUAGGUUUCUUCACACGUGUAAGCAGGGUGUGGCACUGGAAAACAGCACAAGUACUUCGCAACAGGAUCUUCAGAGUUAUCCGCAGCAACCGGCGCCGACGGCGACGUCUCAUAGCCCGACUGCUGGCCAUUACAUUUAUCAACAACCGCACAGUCCUGUACCGCAAAGUCCAAAAACGUCACAGCACCAGCACCAGCAACAGCAACAUCAGCAAUCGCAGCUCAAUUCGUUAGGAUCGUAUAGAUCCACGCAGUCGGUGAACAGGCCGUCGCCGCAAUCGUCACCUAGUCUAACCGUUCAAGGAAGUCCCUUAAGUUAUAGCAAUAAUCCAUCGGCGCCGCCUAGUCCUACAGGACAUCCGGGUCCACCCAACUUGACGUCCGAUCCUAUCGAUCAGAAUACUUAUUUCAUCAAUCAGGCGCAAGCGGCGGCCCUCCAACAGGAUUUCGAACAGUUUACAAUGGGACUGGAGUGGCCCAAAUUUGCGCAGCAGCUGAUGGAACUCGGUUGCACCUGGACCACGCAGAUAGAGAUGGACACGCCGGUGCAGACGAACACGAUUGGGACGUUUAUCGGGUCACCAAAUCAUACUACGAGUUACACGCAGAACGACGUGAUUAAUGUCGGCGAAUUAGGCAGUGGAGACACGGGAUACUUCAGCACGAGUCCACAAAUGGCGUAUCAACCUACGACGACGACGACCACUGCUACUCAGCAGCUAACACCGCAGACUCCAAAUACACCCACAAUUAUUCUCACAGACUUUUCUGGUGCGGAUGAUCUUACGAAUCCGGAAUUUGUGAAAGACCUCGGAACGGCAAUGAUGGGUGAUUUUGACCCAGAAAUGUUUCCAUCGGACGAUGCCCUUAGACAGGGCCUUGAUCCGAUCGAUGUGGAUGGUCUACAAAUGCUGGCUGAUCCUACGAUGGUUAUAUCGGACUCCAGCGCCGAAGCCCACUUUAGAUUAGAUCGACUUUAAGAGAAGAAAUUUUACUCAUUUACCAACACUCGUGACGACUAUUGCGUAGGAUAAAUUCUGUCCUGGUGUCGUGAUUAAUUCUUAAGACACUUUGACAUAUUGGGGUACCACUUCUUGGACACUGGCAGAUUUGCAGGGAAACGCGCGUCAAUAUGUAUAAAUAUUUGUAAAUUUUAUUUACAGCGUAUAAACUUAAAUAGAUUUAUACGCGAAUAUUUUUAUCUCGUUAAAAUGCUGUGCAUUUUUUAAUCUCAUCCAUAUAUAAUGUCAGAUCUGUAUUGUUUUUAUGGAUAGCGUACUUGCGUAUCUGAAAUAUCUUUCGAAAUAUUUUCUGGAAACAGGUCAGUGGUCAAUGAAAGUUGUUUCCCGCUCGUGAUAAACUGCUACUUGACGAUUAAGUAAUAUAUAUGAAUCUUUAUUAACCCUUUUUUUAUUUUACACUACUUUGUACAUUGUAUCAUGUAUGAUCUCUAAGAAGCACAAAAGAAAAAGGUUUACUGAUUUAUACAUGCUUUUAUCAUAAUGCAAUUAUAGUGAAGUAAUCUACCGUUUAGGCCAAUUUAAAGUUAGAAAAGACGAUCGAUUAUGCUUCUCAACGAGGAGUAAUUAAAAACGUAUAAAGAUAUAGAAGUGAGAGAGGAGGGAGAUGCCUAUCGGCGGUACACGCCAACAGCGAUUCUAGAUUCUUAUAUUUCCUUUUCCUCAUUACAUCCUUGCGAGCAACUUACAAUCAUAAACAUUUAUAUUAAUAAUACCUAGGUCAUACAAAUAAUUUGUUACUUUUUUCUCUCACUCUUAAUAUCGCAUUCGCAUUAUGCUAUGAAUUAGUUUAGGCAAUACAGGAUUGUAUUUGAUUAUUGAAUAAAUUUAGGCUUGAUUAAUAUUCAGAGAACAUUAUUGUCGAAUCUGUGAUACUGAACUAUGAAAAAAAUCUAAGAAAUUCAAAAGUGAUUUUACCAAAGAGACUACAUAAAAAGUUUUUCAAGAACGGGUUUUUUACUUUUCAAACAUGCACAAUCCUGCUAUUGAUAAUCAUGUCCACAUUUAUCACUUUAUUUAAAGAAUGAUUAAUUAUAAUUUCUUUGUUAAUUAUUAAUUGCUUUUCUCAUUGCUAAAUAAACGCAGUGAUAAUAACUAGUAGGAAGAAAAUAUCAUAUGCGUGUACCCUCGGCGGUUGUCAAUUGUUUUUUGAAAGUAAUACAUUAUACUUUAUAUGCAUUCGAUAAUUAAUCGAAUGUAAAAUUAAGAUAAUUGUUAAUAACUGUGAAAUCAAGAAGAUGAUCCUUAUAUCUAGACACAUUGUAAGUAGCGUACCAUAUCUUUCUCGAUAACAUUCAAAUUCUUCGUUCUAGUUAAAGACAUAAUGUAGGCGAAUAGUGUUGCGGAAUCAGGCUACGGCAUAUCGAAGAACGCGGAUAGAAUCUAUGGUAUAGCGUAGUCUGAAUCUUACGGUGCAUAUUUCAGCACACAUACACCUCUUUCACAUUAUAUUAAAUAGAUUGAAAUUUAAACAGACGUAAAUCGCAAUGAAAUCGCUAUCGUUAAUAUCACAUUCAUAUCUUAUAAAUAUAGAUCAUCCUCUGUCUGCAAAGAUGAAUAAAUAUACGGAAUGACGCUAAGGAAGCUCUUGUACAUACGGAGUGAAAGAGUAUGUCUCUUUUUAUAUUAUCACUAUUAGACGCUAUCAAUUGGCGCAUGCUUCGUAAAAAAAAAUAUCACAAGAGCUUCUUUACACAAUGAGAAACCCGCAGAGAGUGCAUCUUAACGGAAGAAAUUUAACAAUAAUCUUUACAUAUUUAAAAUAUGAUGUGAUCACGAGUUGAAACAUUGCUAUAUCCAAAAAUUUAUCGUAGUAGAUGAUUCUCUUCCCGUUUGCUCUCUCUCUCUCUCUCUUUUACUUGCAAAAUCUCGUCCGCGUAUAUGCAAACGCAAGAGGUGCCAAAAGCGCGUAGAUAUUCGUCAUAGAUUGUAAGAUCGUGCUAUCGAUUCAUAAUCGUGCAAUAUAAACGUUUGUAUAUGAUCGUCGGCCGUUUAACAUAAGGUUUAAACCAAGUUAAAUGUUAACCAAGAUCGUAACGUCAAUUUGUCAUUGUCAUUUUAACCGUAAAUACGAAAGGCUUGCAAAGGGGAAUAUAAAUAGCACAGAGAUUUUAACUAGAAUCUUUGAAAAAGAAAGAGAUUUAUUCCUGUUAUCGUAUCUGACAUAUGUUGCGAAACAUACAUUACUACCUUUCAAUAUAUUUAAAGCUGCGAUAUAUUCAAAAUAAAGAUUACGGGUAAUGUGUGCAAUAUAUGGCAAAAAUCAUAGAAAGAAAAUGACGUUAUUGUAUUAAUUGUUGUGCUAUUAAGCGAAUUUAAUCAAUCUUCAAUUAAAUUGAUAUUAUUUUUAUCGAAAUAAAACAUUGUAAUAUGAUUGUUAAAUAGAUAGAUGAUAUAAUCUGACAGCGCUAAUUUCAGCUCGCAUUAAUCUUAACGAAUGGGAGUAUAAUUGUAAUAGUAUCGAGUUAUCGGCCUUAAAUAUCUGAAUGAGAACUAUGCACGUGCUUUUAUAUUAAAAUCUCUCUUAUCGUUGCACAACACUGUUUUCAGAUAUUAUAUAUUUUUUUCUUACUUAUAAAACUUCUGACAAAUGUCUUUCCCCUAAUAAAUAUUUGAUACAUCUCAAUCUCGUUUAAAGUAAAUAUUUAAUUCGCAAUUAUUCGUAAAUAAUGAACGAUGCCUCGAUACUAAAACCAAUGAUAUUCUUUUUAUAGUUUGACAUAUACGGCGACCGUGAUUGAGAGAUAUGUGAUAUCUGGAGAUACGUUUUAUAGAAAAAGAAUUAAUUUUUCACAAAAAAUAUUUAAAAAUUUUACAGUUCUGUAUACAGAUCGUAAUACCGAAUUUUUUUUGAUAAUUUGUACAAGCUUGCGAAUAAGCUUGAUGAAAUUCAAAGACAGAAUGUAAAUGUAUAACGAACUUUAUAUUUUGUUUAGUGUUACAUACACAAUUCGGAUAAUGAUAUAAAUUAAUUUUCUAAAAACAAAUUUCUUUUUUAAAAGUAGAAAGUGAAAUGAGAUUCUUACUGAAUCGUAUUUUCUAAUUUCAAACAAGAUCAUGAUGAUCCAAUAUAGCACGACCAAAGUAUCCUCAGGAAGAUUUUACAACUUAAAACGUAUAAUCUUGCAAAUUCGUACGUGUCUUCGCACAUACUGCUAUGAAACACGUUAAAGCCUCAAUCGAAACAAAUUUUAUGUACUCUGUUUCAUUCUAUCUUCUAUGUGUUUCUAAAUUCCAAAUCCAGAUUUUUUUAAAUUUCUAACAGGAAA